UUCUCAUAAUCUGAUAAUGGAGGGUUCCUUAGGAUUCCUUUUCCUCACUUUUCUAAUUAUUCCUCUUCCUCAUUUCUUCAUUUUUUGCACCGGACACACUCACUCUGAGGUUCGUUGCAUCGAUAGCGAGCGACAUGCCCUUCUCACCUUCAAGCAAGACCUUAUUGAUCCUUCAAACCGGCUCUCCUCUUGGAUAUUUGAUGGGGAUUGCUGUCGCUGGGUUGGUGUUGUCUGCCACAACCUCACUGCUCACGUUCAACAACUCCAUCUCAGAAGCUUCCCUCCUGAUUGGGAUGUUUUUACGACUCAGGGACAAAUUGAUGCCUAUGAGCAGUCAAUGUUUGGUGGUAAGCUAAAUCCUUCUCUGCUUGAUUUGAAGCAUUUGAAUUACUUUGACCUCAGCUUCAAUAAUUUCUCUGCUUCUCCUAUUCCUGAAUUUCUCGGUUCAAUGAAGAGUUUAACUUCUCUUAAUCUCUCUAAUGCGAGAUUUGUGGGACUCAUACCUCAUCAACUUGGAAAUCUCUCCAAUUUGCUCCAUCUCAAUCUCGAAAGUUCUCGUUUUCCUGGUUUAUAUGUGAAUAACCUUCAAUGGCUUUCUGGUCUUCCUUUGCUACAACAUCUGGAUAUGAGUGGUGUAGAUCUUAGCAAAGCCUCUGAUUGGCUACAAGUCACAAAUACACUCCCUUCCUUGUUUGACUUGCGCUUGUCAUCUUGCCAACUUCCUUUCAUUCCACCGACACUCACUGUUAACUUUUCAUCUCUCCUCACCCUCGAUCUUUCAGAGAACCAAUUUGAAAACACUUUGAUCCCAUCAUGGAUCUUUGGUCUUCGUAAUCUUGUUUCUCUUCGUCUAUCUGAAAAUAGCUUUCAAGGUCCAAUCCCUGUUGAUCUCCAAAACAUGACUUCUCUUAGUCACCUCGAUCUAUCUAAUAACCAUAUCAACUCUUUAAUUCCCAAUUGGUUGUAUAGUUUUAGAAGUCUUGAGUUUCUCAACCUUCAGUUCACUAAUUUGCAGGGAACAAUCUCCAGUGCCAUUGGAAACCUAACCUCUGCCAUUAGUAUUGACUUGUCAUUCAAUGAACUUGGUGGAAAGUUGCCAAGAUCAUUGGGUAAUCUCUGUAACUUAAGGGAAAUCAUAUUGUCAAACAACAAAUGGGGUCAAGAGAUAUCUGAAAUCUUAGAAAGUUUAUCAGGGUGUGUUUCAGAUGGACUAGAGAUCUUAGACUUAAGUAAUUCUCAACUUCAUGGUCAAUUGACGGAUGAACUUGGGGUAUUUAAAAAUCUAGUCAAACUUUUUGCUAGGUCUAAUUCAAUAUCUGGUCCAAUUCCAAUGUCUUUAGGAAAUCUUUCAUCUUUGACAUACCUGGAUUUUUCAAACAAUCUAUUCAACGGAACUCUCCCUCAAAAUUUUGGACAUUUGAAAAAUCUAGUGAGACUUUAUUUUUGGAAUAAUUCAAUUUCAGGUCCACUUUCGGUGUCUUUAGGAAAUCUUUCAUCUCUGACAUACCUGGAUCUUGGGAAUAAUCAAUUGGAAGGAACCCUCCCUCAAAAUUUUGGACAGCUUUCCAAACUUGAGACUUUACAUAUUGAGUCUAAUAUGUUGAAAGGUGUCGUGUCUGAAGUUCAUUUUUCCAAUUUAACCAGUUUGAGGGGACUUUUUGCAUCUGGAAACCAACUGACUUUAAAAGCAAGUCAAAAUUGGAUUCCUCCUUUUCAGCUUGAGUCUUUAUACUUGCAAUCAUGGAAUUUAGGGCCAAAAUUUCCCCCAUGGCUUUGUUCACAAAGGCAUCUGCAGUCGUUAGACAUCUCUGAUACAAGGAUUUCAGAUGUGGUUCCUUCUUCAUUUUGGAACUUGUCUUCUCAGUUCCGACUUUUAAAUCUCUCCCACAAUCUAAUCCAUGGAGAAAUUCCCGUGAUUUUGUCUGCUUCAGUGAUUGAUUUAAGUUCAAACCAUUUCAAAGGUCCAUUGCCUUGUAUAUCCUCUAAUGUGUAUGUGCUAGAUCUUUCUAACAAUUCAUUCUCUGGAUCUAUUUCUCACUUUUUUUGUUUCAAAGUGAAUGAGCACAAAACCAUAGGAUAUCUCAAUCUUGGAAAAAAUCUUUUAUCAGGAAUAAUACCUGAUUGUUUGAUGAAUUGGAACGACUUGGUGGUCUUGAAUUUGGGGUACAACAAUUUCAGUGGCAUUAUUCCAGCAUCGAUGGGAUCUUUGGCUUCUCUUCAAUCUUUGCACUUAUACAAAAACAAAUUUUUUGGAAAGUUACCAUCAUCUUUGAAAAAUUGUACAGAGUUGGUAACUAUUGAUGUUGCUGAAAAUAGGUUUGCUGGAAACAUACCUUCUUGGAUUGGGCAUAGAUGUACAAGCUUGAUGAUUCUUAACCUUCGCGCAAACUAUUUCCAUGGUCACAUACCAAAAGAACUCUGUGCUCUAGCUUCACUCCAAGUAUUGGACCUUUCACAUAAUAAGCUAUCUGGAAGCAUACCUAGAUGUGUUAAAAAUUUUAGCGCCAUGGCCACAAAUAAUAUUUCAAAUGACCACUUGAAUUCUUAUUCUUCUUUUACUAAUUAUGGUGAAACUCUCCCACUUGAAAGUGCAUUGCUUGUGAUAAAGGGAAACAUUUUUGAGUAUAGCACCAUUCUCCAAUUCGUAAAAAGUAUAGACUUUUCCAAGAAUAGUCUAUCAGGAAAGAUCCCCAUCGAAGUUACUAGUCUCCAAGGAUUACAAUCUUUGAAUUUGUCAUAUAAUCUCUUGAUCGGAAGUAUUCCUGAGAAUAUAGGUGCUAUGGGAUCACUGGAAUCUAUUGAUUUCUCUUUGAACCAACUUUCAGGUCAAGUUCCCUCAAGCAUGUCAAGUUUGACAUUUUUAAAUCAUUUGAACUUGUCAAACAACAAUUUGACUGGGAAAAUUCCUUUAAGCACUCAACUACAAAGCCUUGAUCCAUCCAGUUUUAUUGGAAACAAACUGUGUGGACCACCACUUACUAAUAGUUGUACUACAAAUGGUGUAAAACCCAACAUAAGAAGUAAAGAUACUGGUGGACUUGAAGUGGAUUGGUUCUAUGUGAGCAUGUCACUCGGCUCGGUGGUUGGGUUUUGUGGUGUAUGUGGUCCUUUACUAUUCAAUAAGCUAUGGAGAAUGAUGUACUUUCAAUUCCUAGAUCAUAUAGGGUACAAGCUUAAGAGUUUUGUCUUGUAAGAUUCUUAAUAAUUUGUGCAAAUGUUAAAUAUUUUGAUCAUGUUAAAUAUUGUAAGUAAAUGUUGUCUUGAUCAUGUUAAUAUUUU